UACUUUGGAACGCACAAACCGGUAGUUCACCCUUGGAACGCACAAACAGGAAUUGCUUUACAACUGCUUCCGGGUGGCUUACCAUAAAUAGUUGAGACUGAAUGAAGGAGCAGAAGGAUGAGCAGACUGGUGCAGUACUGUUAAAGUGCAGGUGGAGCAGACUGUGGUGCCUGGCGAACGGCUUACUAUGUGAUGUGUCGCCUAUAGAAGCCCCCUGUAGGAAUAUUGGUGAUAAAUGAUCUCUGUGGCCGUGUCCUAUUUUUAUUGUUUGACUGUCCCUGGGAAGAUGUACAAGGGCAAAAAUCUCAGGACAGAGAAUAUAUUAAACCUCACCCUGGAGAUCAUCUACCUGCUGACUGGAGAGGAUUACACAGUAGUGAAGUCAUAUGGUAAACGUGUGACACGCAGCAGCAGUCGCCGUGUGUCAGGAGGACUGAGCAGGACCAAGAGCCACAUCACGGUGCCUCCACCUCACUCACUGACAGAUGAGAAACACAAUGACCAGAAGAUCCUGGAACUCACCAACAAGAUCAUUCAGAUGCUGACUGGAGAGGUUCCUAUAAGGUGUGAGGAUGUCACCGUCUAUUUCUCCAUGGAGGAGUGGGAGUAUAUAGAGGAACACAGGGGUAUGUACAAGGACGUGAUGAUGGAGAAUCACCGGCCCCUCACAUCACCGGAUGGGGCCAGUAACAGGAAUACCCCAGAGAGAUGUCCCCGUCCUCUUUAUUCCCAGGAUCAUACAGAGGAGAAUCACAGUGUCCCACAUGAUGGUCAGGCUGAAGAUCUCAUUAAUAUUAAAGUCGAAAAUAUAGAAGAAGAGAUCUAUGUGUGGAGUGAUCAGCAGUGUGAGAAGGAGGCAAUUCAUACAGGUAUCAGCACAGGUGGACACAAUAGCACGGGCAAACGUCUAGCUUUAUCUACAGACUGUGAUACGAAAGAUAGCAUCAUGCCACAGGAUUCUACGGGAGAAAACGCCACCCCCCCAGAGUUAUGUCCAGUACUAUACACUGCAGUUCCAUCAUCUGAUCCCUCUAGUAAUGAGGAAAGUUCCCCAUAUUACACAGUUGCUGUUACACAGGAUACAACUCAUACAAAACAUAAACUGUUUCCAUGUUCUAAGUGUGGGAAAUGUUUUCCACUGAAAUCACAUCUUGUCAGACAUCAAAAGUAUCACAAAGGUGCAAAUUCAUUGUCAUAUUCUGAGUGCGGGAAAUAUUUUAGGCACAAAGCAGGUGUUAUUCAGCAUCUUAGAACUCACACAGGUGAGAAGCCCUAUUUUUGCCCUGAUUGUGGGAAAUGUUUCAAACAGAAAUCAGAAAUAGCUCAACAUCGAAGAAUCCACACAGGUGAGAAGCCCUACGCAUGCUUUGAGUGUGGGAGAUGUUUUACUCAGCUGUCAGGUCUUCUUCAGCAUCAUAGAACUCACACAGGCGAGAAGCCAUUUUUAUGUCCUGAGUGUGGGAAAGGUUUUAAGCAGAAGUCAGGUCUUCUUCAGCAUCAGAGAAUACACACAGGUGAGAAGCCAUUUAUGUGUCUUCAAUGUGGGAAACGUUUUAAGCAGAAAGCAGGUCUUAUUCAGCAUCAGAGAGUUCACAAAGGUUAGCCGCCUUGUACAUGUUCUGGAUGUGGGAAAUGUUUUACAGAUAAAUCAAUUUUUAUUAAUCAUUGGAAAAUACACACAGGUCAGAGGCCUUUUUCAUAAAGGGUUUACACAUCAGAAACCUCUUGAUACCUAUCUAGGGUUAUCACAUUUUUAUUUUCAGAUUCCUGCCCCGUAUCUGUGACCAAAGCCGUAGCAGAUUUACAACCAUUUUGUUUGUCAGAUUUCAGGUCAUUAUCUAACGACUGUAAGGAAAAGCCCCCCUCAUGCCCUGUUAUAUGCCUCAGAGCCCACUAAUACCCCUUUAGAUGCCUCAUAGAGACCCUUUAUAUGCCUUGAUGCACCACCAUGUUCUUGUUUAUGCUUCAUAGCCUCUGUAUAUGCCUCGAAGCCCCCUAAUGCCCCUUCAUAUGUCUCGGAGCCCCCUAGUGCCCAUUUAUAUGCCUCAGAGCCUCUUACUGGCUCUUUAUAUGCCUCGGAGCCCCCUAGUGCACCUUUAUAUGCGUCAAAGCCUCUUACUGCCCCUUUAUAUGCCUCGGAGCCCCCUCUAUGUCAGCCGGAGCCCUUCUUGUACCGUUUAUAUGAACUGGAGGAAAGGAUAAUAUUACAGAAUAUGGAGUAUUGUUUUAUCACUGCUUUAUUUUCCUUCAUGUUAUAAAAAUGUGCUCCUCUUUUUUUAAAUACAAUAGGGAUGUAGAUCAGUCUUUAAAGCAAAGUAUAACAUUGCUACAAUACUUAGAUAACAAAAUAUUCAGGUAUUACCAAGCUCUAUUAUUCACAAACAAGUGCGACAGUCACUGUGCUUACAGCGCCUUGAAUCCUGUUGGCUAUAUAAAUAAAAUUAUUAUUACACUGGGAA